GUAGCGGUUGCGGCACCAAUCAGACGGCUCGUUGUUCGAGUGAGCGGCGCUUGGUUGGAGACGAUUGCAAAUGGCGCUGGUGGGCGAGAAGGAGGAGCGGGAGCAGCUGACGGAGGAAAUCCCCGAGCUCGAUCGGCGGAAAGAGAAGAUGGUGGAGAUCCUGCAGCGGCGCGACCAGGAGAGGCAGCAAGGCGUGGAGCGGAGGAAGCUGGCCAAGGACGUGAUCACGGUGAAGGAGGAGAAGGCCAACUUCUUCACCUCGGCCUUCUCGGAGGAGAAGUCGGCGAUCGAGGCGCUGCUGGCGAGCUGCGAGGGCGCCGACAGGACGGCGCUCACCGCCAGCUUCGAGGAGAUCAGCCAGAAGAUGCAGCGGCUGCAGAAGUUCAUCAACGACAGCAUGAUGUUCCUGUCGGCCUACGAGCUGCGCCAGGCGCAGGCCGCCGUGCAGAAGCUGCAGGGGGCGGUGGUGGAGAAGCGCGACGAGUGCCUGCCCAAGAAGAAGUUCGCCUUCAAGUCGCGCAGAAAGGAAAACGCCGGCCCCAAGGAGCCCAAACCCUCUCCUCCCUCCGACACGAAAGCCGUCCAGCCCAGGGUGAUCGAGCAAAACCUCUGCGGCUUCUCUGACGCCGACUCGCAAGUGUUGGUGAGCUCGGCGGACGAGAUCAACGGCAAGGACGUCCUGUUAACCAGGUUGUCCAACUGCUUUGUGAAGCUCCUGGGCUCGCCCAACACCCUACAUGUCAAGAAUAUCACCAAUUCCAAGGUGUUGUGCGGACCAGUUUCGACCUCUGUAUUUGUUGACCAAUCUGCCGGUUGCACCUUCGCUUUCGCCUGCCAGCAAUUGCGAACCCACAACACUAAGGAUGCUAAUGUGUAUCUGCAUGUGACCAGCCGAGCCAUCGUGGAAGAUUGCAAUGGAGUUUCUUUCGCUCCGUUUAACUGGACGUAUGAAGGCAUUGAGAGAGAUUUUGAACAGGCAGGGUUAGACAGAGCAAAAAAUAAUUGGAACAUUAUUGACGAUUUCAACUGGCUUGCGCCUGAUCAUUCCCCUAACUGGAGUAUUUUGCCGGAGGAGUCUCGAAUUACUGAUUGGGAUGAACUCUCAGCUCCUUGAUAAUGUCUGUUGUGCCUAAAGUCGGUGUUUACUGAGCAAUUGCAGGAAUUCAUGACGUUUCCUGUAAUAUAUACUUGAAUCAAAACUAACUGAGCCUUGUGAUCAGAAAGUCUGUUAUUUAACUUUUGACCAAUUUAACAAAGGAUAGUUAAAGCUGAUCUUGAAUAGUUGGCAUGUUAUUGUAAAAUAUAUUCUGUAUGAGAUAACGUUAUAUCCAUUGUAUCUUUGUCAAUGUUUUGUUCUCAGUGUUUACACUUCUGUCUGAAACCGUUUGUUAAACUGUUGAAGUAUGGUUCCUUAAAAAGUUGAAACUAAUUUCAGAUUGUGGAAUAUUAAUGGAUAAAAUAAAAAAAUUGUCAUCU